AAAGCAGCUGUCAAAAAAAUUUUCCAUAGUUUUUUAUUAAUUACUGAAAAAAUUAGAAAAAAAAUUUUUUAAUAACCAUAGGUGAUUCAAAAAGUGUCUUAUUUUAUACUUUUUCAUUUUUGCAUUGCAAAAAAUGACCACAGCAGAAGAUAUCAAAUCGGAAUAUCCCCUACAUUGGUUAGUCUGGAAUAAUUUAUUUAAAGAUUUACAGGAUGAACUAGCUAAAAAUAUUCAUGAUAAGGAGAAAAAAGACAAUCGAGGACGAUCACCUUUAAUGUUAGCCGUGACAUUAGGACAUUUAGAAUCCGUUCGAACUUUAUUACAAUAUGAUACAAAUGUUAAUUGUGAAAACUCUGAAGGCUGGACGGCCGUCCAAGAAGCAGUAGCAACUGGUGAUCCAGAAUUAUUAGCAUUAGUAUUAGAACGUCGAGAUUUUCAAAGGUAUUCAAGUCGUGUUGCUGGUAUACCAGAACUUCUACAACGAUUAAAACAAGCGCCUGACUUUUAUGUGGAAAUGAAAUGGGAGUUCACCAGUUGGGUGCCCCUAGUUUCAAGAAUGUGUCCAAGUGAUACAUAUAAAGUAUACAAACAAGGUUCAAAUGUUCGAAUAGAUACCACUUUAUUAGGAUUUGAUCAUACGAGUUGGCAAAGAGGGAAUAGGAGUUAUAUCUUUAAAGGACAAAACGAUGGAGCAACAAUGAUGGAAGUUGACCAUGAAACAAAGCAAGUUUAUAUUGAAGCGAUGCGUGUUGCCGAGGCAGAAGGUUUAUUGUUAACUCCCCCAGAACAAGCAGUUGAAUCACGUUUAACAACCCCACUUAGUACAACUUACAUUGACACAGAUAAAAUCAGUUUUGAACGGAAUAAAGCGGGAAUUUGGGGAUGGAGAUCAGAUAAAACAGAAAUAGUGAAUGGUUUCGAUUGUAAAGUGUUUAGUGCAACAAAUGUAGAAUUGGUUACUAAAACUCGGACUGAACAUUUAACAGAUAUUGAUAAGGCAAAAGCUAAACAACCGAAGACACCUCUACAAAGUUUUUUGGGUAUUGCGGAAAUUGAAGAAAAAUCUAUGGUCAAUGCAAAUAGUAAUGAAGAGUAUACACAUUCCGGUAAUCCAUGCAACAUAACACCUGAAGAAUAUUUCGAUAAAAACUGUGAUUUAAAUGGCAGGGAUAUAGGACGACCCAAGGAAGUAAAUACUAAAAUACAAAAAUUUAAAGCGACAUUAUGGUUAAGUGAAAAUUAUCCAUUAUCAUUACAAGAACAAAUUAUGCCAAUUGUAGAUUUAAUGGCAAUAUCGAGUUCACAUUUUGCCAAAUUAAAAGACUUCAUUCAAAUGCAACUUCCAGCUGGUUUUCCUGUUAAAAUUGAAAUACCUCUCUUCCAUGUACUAAAUGCACGAAUUACAUUCGGUAAUAUUUUCGGUAUGGACAAUGAAAUUCCAAAUGUUUCUAGAAUAGAAGAAAAUGAUCGAACUACAUGUGUGGUGGAUGAUUCCUGUUUUAAUAUUCCUGUAGGAUAUAAUCAUCUUGGAGCUGAUACUAGACGACAGUUUAGUAUAGAAGAAGAAGAUGAUUUAUUACAAUAUGCCAUUCAGCAGAGUUUAAUUGAAGUGGGCAGUGAAAAAGACGAAGUGGAUAUAUGGGAAGCACUCAAAGCUCAAAGACCUUCACGUCCAACUACUCCAAAUAUAGUUUCAGAAGAAGAACGGCAAUUACAAAGAGCAAUUCAAGCAAGUUUGGGUUUAACCGGUGACUUACAAUUGGAAAACAACAGUAACGUAAACACGGAUUCAUCCAACAGUCCCGAUACCACACAUCACAACUCUGAAGAUGCUGAUUUACAUAUGGCAUUAAUGUUAUCAAAGCAAGAACGUGAUCACGACGAACAAGAGCGACUAAAAGAACAACAAAUGUUAGAAGAAGUUUUACGACUGUCCUUAACUGAAAAAUAGAAUGAAUGUGAAUGUGUGUAAUGUUGAGAGAUUUAUUAUUUAUAUAAAUAUAUAAAUGUUAUUCUGGGUGUAUGACGAUGAUAAUGAUCCUCUAUAAUAUAUAUACAGUGUCCCCCCGGAUA